UUACAAUGUACAAUUAUUCCGCUGCACCGUUUUGUUUACAAAUUAGGGUUUGACAGCUCAUGUUCACAAGAUUUUUGCGGUUUAUUUCGACAUGAUAUAAUUUCUUAAUACUUCAUACAUUCAGCAUUGAUCUAAAUUAUUGAAAGUGAUUGGAUUUACAAAAUGUCAGUUGUGAAAGAGGGCUAUGUCAAACGGCAUAGUAAAAAUAUGUUUUCGGGAGGAUGGAAUGAUGUAUAUUUAAAGCUUUAUUCUGACAGUAAUUUACUGGCUUAUAAACGGCAGGGAGAUAGAGAUGCUAAAGUACAGAUACGGAUGCAGGAUGUGUGUAAACAUUUUGCAUAUGGGGAACAUGCAGCCAAGAACUUUAAAGAGAUGCCGCAGUUGCCACCAGGCACGAGUCUCGCAUGCAUUUUAGCAAUACCAGAAAAACCUAAUCACAAAGCUAAACCACACUUCUUUCUGAUGAAAAAUGAACAAGAAUUACAUGAAUGGAUGACAGCCAUAUGUUCAACUUUACCCUCUAGACCUCAGAGUGCCCAAGCACAAGCCCCGAUACAACCCCAGACUGCCCAGACUGUGAGUAACCAACCCCCACCGUACAGUGCCGGACCUUCUUAUGGUGGACCACCCAUGCCUCAGCCUGUAGGAUUUGCAAAUAUGGGCCCAGCUCCAGGUGGAUACCAGGCCCCAUAUCCCACACAACAGAUGGGAGGUUACCCCCAGCAACCAGGGUAUCCACAGCAACCAGGCUACCCUGCUCCAGCCCCUGGCUACCCACAGCAGCCCUAUCAACAACCAUACCCUCAGCAGCCUUAUCCAACACAGCCAGCUGGUUACCCACAACAACAGUACUAUGGAGGACAACAACCCUAUGGUUACCAGCAGCCCCCACCACCUCAAGGGUAUGCCCAGCCUCCUGGUCAACAGGUUGUUUAUGUACAAGAUCAUCAUAAAAAGAAAGGUGGAUUUCCAGGAGGCAAUAAAGGAAAAAUGGCAGCAGGUUUGAUCGGUGGUGCUGCCCUUGGCUACGGUGCAAGCCGGAUGAUGGGUGGUGGAAUGAUGGGAGGAUUUGGACCGUUCGGAAUGGGCCGGUGUGGUAGUUGGAGCUCACUUAGUAGUUUUGGCAGUUUCGGAAGCUGCGGUAGUUUUGGCAGCUUUGAUUAACAUGUUGAUGCAAUAGGCUAUUUUGAAAUGUGUUGUGAUACAAUCAAAUGUUUGUCAUGAUAAUGAUAUUGAAAGUCCAACUUCUUAGGAGAAGUGAUUACAGAAAUAUGUGUAGACCUGUUAAAACAAACUGUCUUGCAAAACAAUAGCUUACUGAGUAAUGAAAGAUCUGUGUUUUGAUGUUUUAAAGGUCUUACUUCAGACUUACCUAAAAAUAAAUCUCAGAUAUAAUAUUAUGUAAUGAUAUACAGAAAAUAUUGUUUCCUGCAUCCGCAUAAACAAGAAUAUCCGAUGUUUCUAUGUUGGCAUGACAGCACACAAAUACCAGAAAUAAUACUAUGUUGCUGUGAUUAUGGAAAUAUCCAUGACAAAGAUAAUUCCUAUUAAACUUUUAUUCAGUACUAUACAGUGAAAUGAAUGAAUGGUGUAUUGAAAUGGCAUAGAAUAUUUCUUAUAAGUUUAAAUAGAAAUUAUUUUAUAAGCACUA